AUGUCAACAUCCCGCAAUUAGUAGAGAGAACAUUAGAGAUCUUUAAUGAUUAAGAGCCAAACCUAUCAGUAUUUUACUCUAUUUUUACAUAAUUAGGCUUUGCCAAGUUUGAAUGCUUGUGAAACAGUAGAGGAUUUGCACUCUUUAUCAGGAAAAUUAGUUAGAUAUGACUGUAUGAUAUAGGAUAUGUACGAAGAAGAGUACUUUAUGAGUGUUCUUCUGCCAACUCAAUCAUCUCAGAAUAGUGAAACUCUCUCCAAAUCAACUCAGCACUCAUCAAAUAGUCAGCCAGGGUUACCACUGUUUUACAAGUAUUACACUGAGCUAACUUAAGAUCAGAUAAUCAACUAUGAAACAUAAUCAAUUGACUAAUAGUUUGCUCAAGAGAGAGGAAAUUUGUUAGGCAUUUCAGUGCCAAAUAUGAAUCAGUGGCUGGCUUAGGAGCCAGAGAAAAGGGCCAAGACUUGUUUGAUUAAGGUCUAUGAUGAGAAUGUGAGAUCAUUCAAGCUCAAUGAUAAUUUGACAGUGAUUGGUAUUCUGGAAUUCAAUAAGAGAUAGUCAGAGGAUGAGGAAAUGAAAAAUGUAAGUGGGGGAGAUGAUGACUAUGAUCCAAUGGCAAGAACUGGAAUUCCUAAUGAGCAGAAUAUUCCUCAUUUGCACGUCAUUACUUUUAGAAAGGACUUGAUCUUGAACAAUAAUCAGUUGCUCAAGAGAUCUUAGGUGAAUAACAUGACAUUGAAUAAUUACAGUUAAGAUUUGAAAGAAGCUAGAGAGAAAUUGAAGGCAAUUUUAAAAAUGAUCCUUGAAGGUGACCAGGUAGCGUCUGAGUUCACAUUGCUCAAUAUCAUCUCAAAAGCUCACACUAGAAAGGACGGCUUCAUCCUAGGCAAUAUUUCAACAAACCUCUGUGGAAUUUCAUCAUUGAGGUCAAAAUACCUGAACAGGCUCCUUGAAAAAAUUCUUCCACACUCUAUGUACCUGCCUUUAUCAUUAGAAAAUUUGGAGGAGAAGAGAUUGUCUCCAAAGAAGAAUUAUGACACUAAUUCACUAGAGCCAGGUCUAUUGCAAAUGGUUGAUAACACUUUUGUGGUAAUCGAUGAGACUCUGAUGAAAGAGGGCAAAGUCAAAGAAAAUGGUGUGAUGAAUAUCAAGGCACUAGCAACUUUGAUAGAGCAGCAAGUGGUUUAAUACGAUUUUAUGUAUUCAUAGAUCGACAUGCCAAUUAAUGCGGGAGUUAUUGUGCUUUCAGAAGGAAGAUCAAUGUUCAAGAACACUCUAUAAGUGGUAAUAAAGCCUGAAGAAGGAAAAGAUUUGGACGAAAAUAAGCUCAACCAAAUUAUUAAUGAUGAAGACUUGUUGAAUUAAUUACGCAGGUAUAUCCUAGUAACAAACUCUUUUGCUGAUGUGACUCUUUAAGACUACCACAUCCCAGAAGAUGUGUCAGAGUAUGCCUAAAACAUAUUCAUUGAAACUAGAAAGAACGAGCAAUAGAACUUUGGUGAGGUUAAAACCAAUGCUGACACCUUCCAUGCCUUAUUGACUUUAGCUAGACUUAUUUCUAUCUCAGAUGGUGAAAUCGCUCUUAGCAUGACUAACUAUGAGAAAGCCAGAACUUUGGACUAGCAGAGACUUUCCAGAAUCCCCUAGAAAUCUAAAUGA